GCGGAAAGCCGCUUCACCAUUAGGAAGGCAGCAAAGGCGGGGCUGUCGAGUUGACAAGAGUGUAGCUGCUGGAGGGGAGCAAUGUCGGACAACCCUGUUAACCUGGGUGAGGGUAAUAAGCUAGCUUCAGUCUCCAUGGAGGCAGAGCCCUCAAUUUUGGUUGAUAUUCCUGAUGCUCUGAGUGAGAGAGAGAAGGUGAAAUUCACAGUUCACACCAAGACCACACUGCCAUCCUUCAAGAAAUCAGAGUUCUCGGUUAUUCGGCAGCAUGAGGACUUUGUCUGGUUGCAUGACACCUUGGUCGAGAACGACGACUAUGCUGGUAUUAUUAUACCUCCAGCACCUGCCAAACCUGACUUUGAUGUUGCAAGAGAAAAGAUGCAAAAGCUGGGCGAAGGGGAAGGCUCCAUGUCAAAAGAGGAAUUUAAUAAAAUGAAGCAAGAACUCGAAGCGGAGUACUUAGCUGUCUUUAAAAAGACUGUGUCCAUCCAUGAAGUCUUUCUUCAGCGACUUGCAGUUCACAGUGUUUUGGGCAAAGACCAUAACUUCCACGUUUUCCUGGAAUAUGACCAGGAUCUAAGUGUCCGAAGGAAGAACACAAAGGAGAUGUUUGGUGGGUUUUUAAAGAGUAUGAUGAAAAGUGCUGAUGAAGUACUCGUCUCUGGAGCCAGGGAUGCUGAUGAGUUCUUUGAACAUGAGAAGACCUUUCUUGUAGAAUAUGGCAUCAAAAUUAAAGACUCAGCAGUAAAGGCAGAAAAAAUGACAAAAGUCCACAAAAAUGUUUCUGAUGACUACCUUAAUUUAUCCUCUUCCUUGAAUGAACUUGCGAUAGACAAUAAAGCUCCACUGAACAACUACUACAUAAAUCUUUCAGAGCUGUUUGAAAAGCUCAGGAAAGUAGAAGGAAGAGUGUCAAGUGAUGAAGACUUGAAGAUGACAGAACUGUUAAAAUAUUAUAUGAGAGACAUACAGGCAGCAAAGGAUCUUCUAUACAGGAGAGCAAGGGCUCUUGUUGAUUAUGAAAAUGCCAACAAAACCUUGGAUAAGGCUCGAAUGAAGGGUAAAGAUGUGAAACAGGCAGAGCUCCAGCACCAACUGUGCGGUCAGAAAUUUGAAAAGCUUUCAGAGUCUGCAAAGCAAGAACUAACUGCAUUCAGAGCCAGGCGAGUGGGAGCAUUUCGAAAAAACUUGAUUGAAAUGACUGAGCUGGAGCUGAAACAUGCCAGAACCAAUGUACAGAUGAUACAAAGUUGCCUGGCUGCGUUGAUGAGUAAUUAGUGCCAUUCGACUGGACGAGGCCAGGAAUCCUCAACGACCUCAUUUGACGCACAAAGAAUUUAUAAUUUGCAGCCUAAAAUCAUUGCACAUUUCUGCUGCAAUAUCUCUCGUCAUGGAAUAGGCUGUGCGUGCUCCUAUAAUCUUUUAUGGUUUGUAUCUCUGCUGCUGUUUAACUCCUAAAAGCUUGAAUAAUGUGCAAAGUAAUACCUUUUCUUAAAAAAAAUCUAAACGUUGUUCCACACAAGUGCCUGCUGAUUGUAGAACUUCACAGUGACUUCCAAAACUGAAGCUGGACCAAAUUUUGUAUGUUCAUGUUCUUGUACAUUGCUUCAACUUCGUAGAAAUAAGGUAUAAUAGAGAUAUUUGACAAUAAUUGUCAUUCAACUUGUAUUUAUACCCAGGUUGUUUAGCCAAUGUUUUAAAUCAUGUUUAGAGUUUUAAUAAAUUUUCCAUUUGUCUGUUCAAGAUGACCAAAUAGAUACUGCUGGUUUCAGCCUAGACCAAAAUCUUCCCAUUUUAACAUUGCAUGAUUUCAAAGCUCUUUCCUUUAAAUUUAACUUUAUUUAUCCUAAUUUUCUCAAGAAAGCUAAGCUUAGAGUUAACAUUAGUCAUGCUUUUGGUUCCUGCAUUCAAUUUGUAAAGAAAAAUUGAUUGAAACUUGAGUUAUGCCCAUAGAAAGCAAAUGAUUCAUAAUGCUUAUGGUGUUUCUCUAGGAUUGUACUAGUUGUCUGGCACUUGUAGGGUUAAUUUUGCCCCAUCCCACCCCAUCACUUUGUCCUCACUUCAAAAGCAAAGUCUUGAAAUUAGUACUUAAAUAUUUUAGAUGAAAGAUUCAAACUGCAGAGCACUUGGAAUGUUUGCUUCUCUUCUGCCUAUGAAUUUUUAAUUUCUCUCCUCUCACCAAUUACAGCAAAGUCAAAACUCCAGUUUGAUUUUCUCAUUUUAAAGACUGAAAGUUUUAGAUUACUUUGAAAGACACUUUGAAGUGCAUAGUGGUCCUUUGUUACUCUUUUUUUUCUUUUCUUAUCAAUUUGGGUUUAAGAGAUGAAGUGGAAUUAGGACAUUCAGUUUUCCUUUCUAACACCAGUCCGGUUUGUUUGAACCAUCGGGAGGAUACAAGGCUGGGUGCACACUAAGAGGCUGUCAAUUAUGAACUAUGAGCUCUUAAGGAAAUUCCACUUGUAAAGCAAUAAGAUGAGGGCAAUAGCUAAGACAAUGCGUCUCUUCUGUAUUUUAUCCUAUGAUGAAGGGAAGAAGCCAGAUGCAGAGGACGUGAUAUUUGAUCAUUCCUGAAAGUUAUGUUGAAGGGGACAAUGGAAGGUUUUUGUUAAAGCUCUUGAUUUUGUAGUUUGUUUUGCAUUAUUCUACAUUGAUCUGUGUCCUUGUCUGCAAUUCUUAAUAAUUAAUGGAAAACAGGAAGUCCAAUGUGAAAUCUAAAAUUGAGACUGUUACAUUCAGAGCACUUUGGUUAUGUUGUUGAUGUCCAUGUAUGUGCAUAUAUGAAUAAAUGCUAAUAAUGCA